GUCGUUGGGCGCGAGGAUGAGAUCGACCGCGUGGUGUGCAUCCUGUCCCGCAAGUCCAAGAACAGCGCCGUGCUGGUGGGCGCGGCCGGCGUCGGCAAGACGGCCAUCGCCGAGGGCCUGGCGCAGCGCAUCGCCCGCGGCGAGGUGUCCGGGGUCCUGGCCGGCGCGCGCGUCGUGGAGAUCAACGUCGCCGCGAUGGUCUCCGGCACGAGGGCCCGCGGCACGUUCGAGGAGCGGUUCACCGGCCUCAUCGCCGAGGUUGAGGCCGCGGUGGCCGGGAAGGUCGUCCUGUUCAUCGACGAGAUACACACGCUGCUCGGCGCCGGCCGCUUUUCUGGCUGCAUGGACGCGGCCAACAUGCUGAAGCCGGCGCUGGCGAGGGGCCGUGUCCGGUGCCUCGGCGCCACGACGCAUGCCGAGUACCACCACUACUUUCUCCAGGACAAGGCGUUGGAGCGGCGGUUCCAGAAGGUGCACGUCUCGGAGCCCAGCGAGGACGAAACCGUGGCCAUCCUCCGGCGGCUCAAGGCGGCGUACGAGGAGCACCACGGCAUGGAGAUCCAGGACGAGGCGCUCGUCGCCGCCGCCAAGCUCUCCGGCCGCUAUAUCCCAGCACGGCAUUUCCCGGACAAGGCGAUCGAUCUUGUUGAUGAGGCGUGCGCGACGGCGAGGCUGGUGAUGGAUCGCCGGAAGAAGCAAGCCACAGGCGACGGCGACAAGCCCUUGGCGCCCAAGGACGAAAACGUCGGACCGGACCAUAUAGCUCAGAUCGUGAGCAAAUGGACAGGAAUCCCAGUGACCAGUCUCGGGACUGACGAGAGGAAGCGGCUACUGGAGCUGCCGAAGCGGCUGCACCGGCGCGUGAUCGACCAGGACGAGGCGGUGAACGUCGUCGCCGAGGCCGUGGUGCGCUCGCGAUCGGGCCUCGGGGAGCCAAACCAGCCGUCAGGAUCCUUCCUCUUCCUCGGCCCCACCGGCGUCGGCAAGACGGAGCUCGCCAAGGCCCUCGCCGAGCAGCUCUUCGGCAAUGAGAAGCUGCUCGUCCGCAUCGACAUGUCCGAAUACAUGGGCAGCAGCUCCGUCACUCGCCUCAUCGGCGCAUCUCCUGGGUCGUAUGGGUACGAGAAGGGUGGGCAGCUGACGGAGCUGGUGCGGCAGCGCCCCUACAGUGUGGUCCUCCUGGAUGAGGUGGAGAAGGCCGACGCCGCCGUGCUCAAUGUCUUCCUCCAGAUCCUCGACGACGGGCGCGUCACCGACGGGCACGGCCGCACCAUCAACUUCACCAACACCAUCAUCGUGCGGAGGCACUUCCGCCCCGAGCUCAUCAACCGGCUGAGCGAGAUGGUGAUCUUCCGCCCGCUCUCCGGCGAGCAGCUGCGGAGGGUGGCGAGGAUGCAGCUCAAAGGCAUUGCCGCGCGCCUCGCUGAGAAGGGCAUCGGCCUCGACGUCACGGACGCGGCCCUCGACGUGAUCCUCUCGCGGUCCACCGACCAGGUGCAGAUGUACGGCGCGAGGCCGAUCAAACGCUGCCUGCAGAAGAACGUCAUGACCAGGAUAUCCAAGAUGGUGGUGCGGGAGGAGGUGAACGACGACUGCUACGUGUCUGUCGACGCCGAUGAGGAGAAGAAGGACCUGGUGUUCCGAGUGGUUCAGAAGAUCGAUGCCCUCUUUAAAGGCGCUCUUCUGAGUGUUCUUGAUGACUCCAUUGUGGAUUCGUACAUGUCGUUUGACAACGGCAAGGACAUGUGGGCUGCGCUCGAGGCCAAGUUUGGUGCCUCGAACGCCGGCAGCGAGUUGUACGUCAUGGAGCAAUUCUAUGACUACAAGAUGACUGAUGAGCGCCCUGUUGUAAAGCAGGCUCAUGAGAUACAUUCGCUCGCAAAAGAAUUUGAGUACUUCAAAUUACAAUAG